UAGCCUCCCCUGCCGGAUGUGCGCUUCGGCCUCUUUCUGACCAUUUCUGUGAGAAGCAUGGGAGCGAAGAAGGCAGAAGCCAAAGCAGCUAAAAAGGCAGCGCCUGCCACCAAGACGAAGAAAGAAGGAGGUGGUGGUGGGAAAGCCAAGAAGAAGAAGUGGUCCAAGGGAAAAGUAAGGGACAAGUUAAACAACCUUAUUCUCUUUGACAAGGCAACAUAUGACAAACUGUAUAAGGAGGUUCCCAGCUACAAGCUAAUCACACCAUCCGUUGUCUCUGAGCGCUUGAAGGUCAGGGGCUCGCUUGCAAAGCAAGCCCUUCGUGAGCUUCAUUCCAAAGGACUCAUCCGUUUGGUGUCGAAACACAGCUCCCAGCUUAUUUACACACGGACCACCAAGGCUACAGAUGAGUGACAUGGCUGAUAAAAGACUGGUUCAAAUAAAUGUUUGAAAAGGAAAUAA